UUUCCUCUCAGACUGAAUCGGGGCUCGCUGCACUUUAGUCCUCGCGCUGGUUCUGACACUUCUGACUGCUACACCAGCUGCUGCUUUUCCAGCGCCUGUUUGGGGCAGCCAAAAUAAAAGCAAACUGAUAAUAGGAUUGGCCGAGAGGACAGAGGUGACACAGAUGAUGAAUGAGGAUCAGGUGAACAAGCUCAUCCAGAGAUGGAGAGACACUCCUGAGGACAAUCUGAAACGAGAGGACUACCAGCAGUUCAAAGAUUUGGCAUGUCUCACUCAGGUAGACAGCGAGUACUUCCUGACACUCCUUCAAGAUGAGAAAAACCAGGGUGUGGUGAAAUCCAUGGGCUGUGUUCUCUUGACCCCUCUCAUGGAGAAAGUACUGGAAAAGGACAAGAGUUGUGAGCAGAUCCAGGCAGCCAUCACACACGUGACCACAACGUGCAGACCUCAUGAAGUCCUGGAGAACUUGAUCGUAGUCGUCCAAGACGCUGAUCCAGAUGCUAUUUCAGAGACAAUGGUGGCAAGUGUCCCACAUCUGCAGACAGGGUUGCUGAGGCUGGAGGAGGGUCGAGCUUCCUCACUGGGCACGGUUCUGUCCGUUCUGCACAAGCAGCUGACUCGGCUGCCGGUGCCGUACAGCGAGCAGCAAGAGGCGGAUGAUGAGUUUGGUGUUUGCCGCUGUUGCACCGCCUUCACCUCUUUCACUAAACCCUUCCUGGAGGAGGUGAGGAGCAAUGGUGGCAAUCACCAAGAGAUGAAGCUGGAACUGCUCAACUUCUGCAUUAGGAGCCUCAGGGAACCUUUACUUGAAGCUGAACUGACUCCACAAAGAGACUCCCCCUUGUGGCUCUUUGCGUCACACAUCCUGGUCACUUUAGAUGCCAUCAAUCAGUCCAUCACAGAGCUCCUCUUCUUCAGCACAAAGCAGAGAAACAUCCAGAUGGACAAAAGUCAGCUAGCAGAGUCCAAAGGCUGUCUGGCGUAUCUUCUGUUUGUCAGGCUCCUGGCCGUGGAAUGCAUCCCGACAGUGCUCAGCCCAGAAUUUAUUCUUCAGUGCAACGUGGAAUACAUCCACCAGCUGCUCAGCAGCAAAAGGGAGUCACAUUUACUCAAAGGACUGGCACUGUUUGAAAGAUGCUUGGAGAGAGUGCACGACAACAGCCUGCCAGUCAACCUGCUGGAACUGAAGAGCUUCUACCACGUAAAGCAGAGUCUGCUGCAAGUCCUGACUGAUUGUCCCAUGCAACACCUGAGAGAAAGUGGACAGAAGGUUCUACAGCUGCUUAUCCACAAAUUAGAAGCUGAAGCGAAGCACAAGUUGUUUAGAUGCCUGUUAAAGACCAGCAAGCAUCCAGGAGUGGAAUGCUACAUUGUGAAGAACAUUCAAAGUCAAGUGGAAUCCUCCAUGAAGCUGGGCAACACCACAGGAUGGUUCUUAGGGGCGGAGCUUCUCUCGCUGUUGGGCUUGGUUUUCACGUUAGCUAAUGGUGCAGAGACUGAUCUGCUUCACAACAAGGACAAGAUAAUGGCGAGUCUGAACCUCCUGUGCUACCUUCUGAGCAGACACACAGCCCUAAGCAGCAAUGCAGCCGUGUGGGAAGAUGUGAGCAGGAUGAGAGAAGAGUACACACAAAUGCUGCGUGUGUGCAUCACUAUGUCCAGGUCUUAUUACAUGGCUGAGCUGAAGGCCCUGAGAGAUGAUCACAGGCUAAAAGCCAGAGAGGCCAGAGCGUCUACUGGCACAUGCCUUCCAAUCUCCACAGUCAAACCAGGGGAUUUAUCCAAAAGGUCCCCAGAGGUGCAGCAUCAGGUGCUGCAAAGUGCUCUGGUGACCUUUGACCUAAUGGAGAGCCUCAUUGUCCGCACAGAGGAAAAGAUCCCCCAACAACUGCUUUAUUUGUGUGAGCAAUAAAACAAUAACAAGAAGUUUAGAUGGAGUGUUUGAGCAUGUCCCACACGGAGCUUCUUUCAAGGAUGUGUGUGCGAGCCUGAGCCAUGUGGUCCUGGAUACGCUCUACAUGAGGCUUGCUUGUGGCCUGCGGAUAAAGAUGCAAUAUACUAACCUGUGCAGGUUUCUCUGUCCCUACUGGCCGCUAUUCUUCUCACCUUUGCAAUGGUCAGCAUUCCUUUGAGAAUCUCUGUGUUGUUUCGCACGGGCAACACCCUGGGGUUGCUGCCCAAGAAGCUGGAAGAAGACAAAAGAAAUUAACAAGUGGAAACUCCAUUUAUGAACUGAAUUGGUUCUUGAUCAGGGUUCGUGAAUAGAAGAGUUUGCAUAUUUUAGCACAUUUCUCCAUAGGAAAGUUUAUACACUUCAAACACAAAGUAUAUUAAACAAACAUAACAAGGGCUGAAAGGAUCAACUUUUUAUUUCUUAAAGUUCCAACAACCACUAGUCCUCAUUUGCAGAAGCUCUACCGACACCAACAAUUGGCUAAAAUUACAAUUUGGUUUGCAAUUGUUAUAUUUCAUACAUACUGUACAUCUGCAAAAAUAACAAGGGAAGGCGUGUUACUUUUAGACCAAAGGUGUCCAAACUUUUUGACUGGGGGGCAGCAUUGGGUUAAAAAAAUUGUAUGUGGACAUAUUAUGAUGAUAUAUAAUUAAUAAUAGAAUUACAAUUGAAUAUUAAGUGCAUGUGAAAGUUCAACUUCAAGACUUCCUUAAAGUUUUGUAAUCAAUCAGAAACAUCAAGAAGCUAAAAUGCGCCAAACAUGGAUAAGUCUAAAGAGGGGUUUUGCAAUGGAUUUAAAUGAGUGUCAUUUUGAAUCUUUUUAUGGUGGUUGCCUGUUUUGUAUAAUAUCCACAAAGUUCAGUGAGCAAGUUGUGUUAUGUCUGACAUGUUUGUUGACUUUUUGUGUGGUUUUUUUCCCUGUGCCAUGACUAGGGAAGGUUGUUUGGAUUGGGUCAUUUAAGUAAAUGCUAUGCAUGUAGUCACUUGAAAGUACACUCCAUGGUCACUGGCCUGACUCACUCAUAUUGUCCACAUGACAGUGAUACUGUAUGUAAGAACCUAUCAAAGGGCCAGAUGUUUAAAUGUACAAUGUCAACACCCUGAUUGCUUGUUGAACACCCCAGUUUUAUAGACUGUCAUCAACAUAUUCAAAGUGCCACACACUACAAUAGUAUGCAACAAUGUCAAAUAUUUGGCUUUAUGUAGACAGACUCAAAGCUGUUGUCUAUCAAAAAGUCCCAAAGUUUGUGCAAUGAGGGGUUUGUAAUUUGUGGUUACGCUGUACUUCAUGGUGGUGCUGUGCAAUAUGGACAACAAUAUUUAUCACGAUAUAGUGAAUCUUUCCUAAAAUGAUAUAUGUAUGUUCUAUAUAUAAAAAGGCCUAUGCAAUUUCUGGGUGGCUGUGGGGCCGCAUGUCUUAGACGUGCCUUUGGAAAACAGCUGUUGUGUUUGUUUGGUGUUGGUUCUCUUCAUGGUUUUGAGGCGACGUUAGAAUUGUGUCGCAUUUGAACAAUGUCUCUGUACUGCUCUUCAUGCCGUGUCUUCAAGUAAUAGAAAAGAUUACUCGUUGGCGGCAUGUUUUGCAAAUUAACCUACCUCUUGUUUGGUCAGUGUGUGACUUUUUUCAUCCAAACAAAGGAUUUCCUCUUCCCUCUUUUUGGCAUCAAUUCCUCUUCGGGUUUUGUUGGUUUAUCUUCCAUUGUGGUCCUUGCAAUGUUGUUGACAGCCACCCUCCCUCCCGGCUAUUGCAUCAAUGGUUUUUCAAGUGACGUAAACAUUGCUACCGGAAAGUAGCAUUGUUGCUACAGUUACAUUCGUAGAAUUAUAACAUAUACAAUAAAAAUGACACCGUAUGAUAGACAUGUGUGGGUAAUAUUACAAUAUAUACUGUAUGGUAAUAUCACAACUUCCUAGUCGUCUGAUAACGACCUCAUGAGUCCACUUUGACCUUAGUGAUAUUCUCAGUGUUGUCCACUGGUUGCCAGAACUGUCCUUAAAACAUUUGGAGUACCACUCUUCCCUCCGUGAAAACAUUCACAGAUGGAUGCAUGCAGGUCAGUAAAGUAAGAAGGAGUGAUUUAUUUACCUUUGCUGAAUGAGAGACAGUGUGUCUGUUUCCCUCUUCCCAUUGAAAGGAGCAUAGAGCAGCACAAAGCAAUUCCGGUGGACCUGCGCAAACUUCUUUAUUUGCUCAAUAAGUCCUGACUCUUCCACAUUUUCGGGCAAAUGCUGAGGCUCCACCAGCAUGAACGCAACACCUACACAAUCAAGGAAAGGCCCCCGAUUAAAUUCAUUUCCAAUUCAACCUAAAGGGGAUUUGCACUUUUUGCUUAUGUGAGACAAGAACAAAUAUGUUCUUCUUUUUUUAUGUAUUCUAAAUCGUAAAUAAACCCCAGCAAAAG